GUUCCGAGAGAAUCAUCAGUUGUGAAACACGUUCACAUUUUAGCCCUAAAAAAGUGUCAAAUAUUAAUAAGUUUGGUUUUGCAAUGAAAUCCAUGCUGAGUAUGUCCAGCUUGCUGAACGCAAUUCUAGUGCUUGUUCUUGUUGCAGAAUUCAGUGCGGCAGAAAUGGAGCACGACAAGAAUCGACGUGGUGCCAAUAUGGGGCUAUAUGCCUUUCCCCGCGUCGGUCGCGGAGAUCCCAGUCUGGCCAACAGUCUGCGCGACGGACUGGACGCCGCGGUCCUCGACGGCAUUUAUGGUGAUGCCUCCCCGGAGGACUAUAACGAGGCUGAUUUCCAGAAGCGAGCCACCGGUCUGGUGGCCUUUCCGCGCGUUGGCCGCGGCGGUGAUGCCGAGCUGCGCAAGUGGGCCCACCUCCUGGCCCUGCAACAGGUGCUGGAUAAGCGCACGGGACCCAGUGCCUCCUCGGGCCUGUGGUUUGGCCCUCGGCUCGGCAAGCGCAGUGUGGACGCCAAGGCCUAUGCCAAGGGACAAAAGGAAUUCAACUAGACACUCACUCCCACUCGAACUCCACUCCGAACAAAGACACAGCGUAGUAAUUAAUUUUUUUGAUAUACAAGAGAACGCUUCUAAUUGAAUAUUGUAAUGGGUAUACAAAAUAAUAAGUAAAUAUGUUUUUCGGUCAAAUAUAUACAAAAUAAUACUGAAUCAAGGGCUGGUGAGAGCUUGUAUUUAAUGUCUUUGUGUGUUGUACUACUACUGGCAAUCGAAUAUUAUGUAA